AUGAAGCGUUCAAUCUUUGCUAUCAUCUCACUCUUCCUUGCCAGGGAAGAGGAUCACGACUUGAUGACUCAUCAGCGAGAUCCGCUUUUUGAGAUGGACCCUGCCAAACGAGAAAAGUUUGAAGCUGCCCUGAGGCAAAUCUUCCCUCGCCUUCACGCUACUCGUCCUCAUCCCACACGGAGGCCGCAAUUCAAAGAGUUCUGGUCAGAGAUUUUGAAGCUUCGUGCCGAAUCUCUCAACCAGCUUGUGUUUGUCGCUCGCUUCCACACGCAAGAACAUCAGAAUAUCGACGCGAUCUGUGGGUGCGAGGAUCUCAACGAAGAUGCCCAGACCGUCCUCGAGCAGUGGAUCAAUCAGCACUCGCAGUCGACUUGGAGUGAGUUCUUGAAUGAACGGCAGCCUGAGGUUGAUAUAGACACGAGAGAGACGGGGACAAGAUGGGUGGACCUGAUGAUGAGACUGGCUGAACGAGAAGAAGUGGACACGUCGUUGCUAGACGGCGAGUUGAACCUGGACUGCGAGAUGGAGCAUCACAAGAUUGCCCAUGAGAACCUUGGAAGGGAGGAGAACCAAGCGCAGGCAGAGGCAGAUGCUUUGGAACAGUUGAAAUGCACGUUGAUCAAGCACAGAAACGAGAUUGAGCAGAGGGUGCGGGCUGCCGUGUUCCUGUUCAAGAAAAUUGAGAGUGGUGAAUGUGUAGAUCUCUUCAUUGAGAUCUACAUGGCAAGAGGGAUUAAGCAAGUCUUCGAGAAGUACUGCCGAGGACUGCAAGUGAUCGACCCCAAGGAUCCCAAUCUGACUUUCAUACGCACCAGGAGCUGCUGUCCGACUAGUUCCAACAAGAAGGAGCGUACUGACUUCACGUGUCUUGAUGCAAAGUGCACACUAGAAUCGUUGCACAGGUUGAAUAUGGAGGGAGUCAAGUAUGUUCAAGUGUACCUUGUCGAGACGGGAGAGAAAAAUGGGCAGAAAAAUCAGAAUUUCACGACCAAGGACCGCAAGAUCAUCCAUCCAUGCUUCGUUGACAAGUGUGUUCGAAGAUACAAGGUAGAGCAAGGGUGCGAUAUUGGAAUCAUCGUCAAGGUUCUUCCCAACCAUCUCGAUGACUCUGAUUCUCCCCCCUUGUAUUUCACCGAAUCGUCGGGCACUUCCCUACAGCUUGGUGAAAGUGUCAUGACCAAGAAGAUUGAUAUGAGAGGAAAGACCGAGGUGAAUGCUUGUAUAACACAUAGUGGAGACCUGGAAAUUUUGCAGAUCCAGCUCCAGACAGUUUGA